CAGCGGGUUUGUGGACAGUGCGACAUUCUUUUUACAAGAGUUUUUGCAAUUUACUGUUAAUAUUCAGGGGGACCGGAAUAGGUGGAGAUGGCGGCCGUCCUGCUGCAGGUUCUGGAGCGGGCAGAGUUGAAUAAACUCCCAAAAGGAGCCCAGAACAAGCUCGAGAAGUUUGUUACGGAGCUGCAGAAUGAUAACGAGGCGCUCAGGACGCAACACGAGCGCUUCAAAGCUGACAGUGAACAGCAGUACUUUGACAUUGAGAAGAGACUGGCUGAGAGUCAGGAGCAGAUCCUGUCUACCACCAGAGACCUGCAGACACUCAGGGAGGAAAAUAAAAAACUCAAUGAAGAGCUGAGCGCUCUCAAGGGAAUUGAGGCAGAGACUCCUGAAGAUAAGCCACCACAACAGCAAACCAAGGCCAAGUAUGAGAUUGAGGCGGAGAAGAGGGAGCUGGCGAGGCUGCUGGAGAAGAGAAUGCAGGAGGUGGAAAACCUCUCUGAGGAUGUGAAGCGUCUGAAUGAGAAGCUGACAGAGACCAGUAAGGUGAAGAUGGAGCUGCAGCUGAAACUGGACAACAUACAGUCCACUGAAGCUUCUGUACAGCACCGAGAGAAGCGUAUGGAGCAGGAGAAAGAGUUGCAUGAGAAGAAAAUCAAGUGGUUAACGGAACAGCUGAAGACCAAAACUGAAGAGCUGCUGAACACCAACAGAGAGAAAGGCAAAGAGAUACUGGAACUGCAGGGAGGUCUGAAGAACACCAAGGAGCAGGUGACCAGCCUGGAAAGACAGCUGACCUCUCUGAAGCAAACCAGUGAAAGCCAGAGUAAACGAGCGGACGAUCUCAACAACAAACUAAAGCAGUCUAAAGACGAGCUGAGUGCCAUGGAGGAGAAAUACCGCAACGAGCUCAACGCUCACAUGAAGCUGUCUUCCCUUUACAAGGGGUCAGCGGUGGACACAGAGGCAAAGAAUCAAGAGCUGAGCAGAGCCCUGGAGGAGCUUGGCAAGCUGGUCAAAGACACCGGGGAAGCCAAUAAGGCUCUGGAGAAGAAGGUGUCCGAGGGAGAAGAAGUGAAGACGCGGCUUGAGGCAGAGCUCAGAGAGAAGCUCAAGAAAAUGGAGAAGGAGCUGGAAAACGCCACGAUGAAGGCCGCUGGCAAACACUGCUGUGUGCCCUCUCUGACUGAAGAGCAGUUGGACGCCCUUUGUCCGUCAGCUGCCAACAUCGCUGCCAUCGUCAAGCCCGGCAUGAAGUUCUUUGAUCUGUAUAAUGCAUAUGCAGAGUGCCAGACACACCUCCAGCUGGAGAAGCAGGAGACCCGCAGAGUGAGCAGAGUUCUGGAUGAGAUUGUCAUGGAGGUGGAGUCCAAGGCUCCGGUCCUGAAGCGUCAGAGGGAGGAGUACGAGAGCAUGCAGAGGUCUAUGGCCUCACUGUGCAACAAGCUGGAGCAGGCCCGAACGGAGAUCUACAGUUUGCAGAAAGAUAAAGAGGAGGCCAACCAGCGCUGUGAUUCCAUAGAGAGAGAAAAACAGAGGAUAGAAAGACAGCUAGAGGAUACAUCUACACAGGUGUGUACUCUUCUGGUGCAGUUGGAGGAAGCUAGUGGUAAUAAGGUGACCAAGGACGGCGGCAGCUCCACUAACAUCUCCGGUAGCUCGGAGGUCACCAGUCCGCUGUCCUUCCGCAGCGUGGAGGAGCUGCAGAAGCAGAACCAAAGCCUGCUGAGAAGGCUGAGGGAGCUGGAGGAGGAGAAGGACCUGCAGAAGAGCCAAGUCACAUCAGCGCGUGUGUCCGAGCUGGAGGCGAGUGUGGAUAAGCUUCAGAAGGAAGUGGAACAGCUGAGAGAGCAGAGGAACCAGCAGAAACAGCUGGCUGACUCCAACGCCCGGCAGAGAGACAUGUUCAAGGCCCUACUCACUCAGAGCACCGGCUUCAGCCUGCCCCCCCAAGGUCUGGAUUCUCCUUCUCAACCUGCACCUGUUAGGCCAUCAGUUCCGGCUACUCGCUCUACCCCUCAGAGAGCUGCUGCUGCUGAGUCGGCACAGACCGCUCAGACUAAAGCUGCCUUAAAACAGCUGAAUGACGCCUUCACUCUGUAUAAGAAGGAGAAGGCAGAGAACGACAGGAUGUUGAAUGAAACCAACGACCGGCUGCAGAAGCAGCUCACUGAUCUCCGCUCCAGCCACGCCAAACUCACUUCUCAACUGGAGUUCAGCAGCAAGAGGUACGAGAUGCUCCAGGACACUGUGUCAGCCUACCGCAGAGAGAUCUCCGCCCUACAGGACAGGAACCAAAAGAUGGCGUGCACUGCCCAACGGCACGAGCAAAUCAUCCACACCAUGAACCAGGACCUGCGGCAGGCUAACGAGAAACUGGCACUGGAAGAGGUGCGCGUAGAGAACUUGACCAAAGAAAAAGACAUGUUGAGACAAGCAGAGAGUCGACUCAGUCGAGAGAAGGAAUCCAUUAUGGUGGAGCAACGCAACCAGAACCUGCUGCUCACCAACCUGAAGACCAUACAGUUGACGAUGGAGCGCACAGAGACAGAGACUCGCCAGAGACUGAACAACAAGGUGGAGCAUUUGGAGGCUGAACUGGCAGCAAUGAAGACCAAGCAGGACCAGGAAGUAGCACAGAGACACGCCCUGGGGCGCACCAUGGACGCUCAGUUAUUAGAGGCUAAGAAGCAGCUGGAGACCCAGAACACCUUGCAGCAGAAGACCAGGGAGUUGUUGCGCAGCUCUGAGCAGCAGGUAGCAGCUCUGAAAGCUCAGCUGGCCUCUGCUGCUGCUGCUGCUGCUGCUGCUGCUGGUGGUGGUCCAUCCUCUGAGGCUGGCACCCCACCCAGCAGCAUCCCCUCCACCCCAGCUACCAGAGCUGCAGGCCUCCGAGCACCACUCAGAGUGCGCUCUCCAGUGCCAGCAGCCUCGCAGCAGCUCAGCCAAUCAGAACAGGAGCUUGCAGAGGUGAAGGGUCUCCUGCGUACUGCAGAGGAACGAAACGGUGAACUAACAGAGCAGCUGAAGAAUGCAAAUGCUACCGUAGAGCAGUACAGGGCGGUGGUGCUGACUCUGGAGGACAGUCUAAAGAAAGAAAAGGAGUCCCGCUCCCCUCUGGAGCUCCGGCUGAAGGAGUCUGACGAGGUGCAGAAGCAGCUGGAGAAAACUAUUUUAGAGGCAGAGAAGAUGAAGCAUCAGGAGAGGGAAGAGAGGAGAAAGGCUGUGGAUAUUGUGGAAAAACAACUGUGUGAGGUGCAGCGCUGCCUGAAGUCCAGCCAGACAGAGCAGCAGGAGGCGCUGGAGAGAGCUGCUGCUGCUGUCACACUGGAGCAGAAAGCCAUACAGGAAAGCCUGUUGCAGACUAAGCUAGCUGGAGAGGCACAGGCUAAGUAUGAGAGGGAGCUCAUGCUUCAUGCUGCGGACGUGGAGGCCCUGCAGGAGCUCAAGAAAAGAUCACAGCAAGAUGCUGCACGGAAGAGAGAGCUGGAGGAGCAGCUGAACAAGAUUUCGUCCCUCCUGCAGCAGAAGACUGCAGCUCUGAAGUCAGUGGAGAGGCAGCUGAAGGAGGAUCUGUCCAAUCAGAGGCACCGCUGUGAGGAGUUGGGAAAGCAGAACGCUCUCCUGCACCAACAGAUGGAUGAGAUGGCCACCAGGAGUCGUGGACUGCAGACCCCGCAGCAGCAGCUGGACCUGUCCUUCAGUGAGGAGGGGAAGACCACCGAACAGAUCCUGGAAAUACUCAGGUUUGUCCGGCGUGAUAAAGAGAUCGCUGUGGCUCAGUGUGAGGCGUCUGAUGAAGAAGCUCUGCGCUACAAACAGCGAGUUGAACACCAGGACAGAGAACUGAAGGAGCUGCAGGAGGCUCUGAACGCCGAGAGGGAGAAGAUGCAGGCUACAGCCAAGACUCUGGCCCAGCAGGAGGAGCAGCUGAAGAAGAUGGAGACAAUCAACACUCUCCAAGAAACCAACAGGAUGCUGAAAACAGAAAAAGAUAAACUGGAACAAGAGUUGCAGCAGGCGCAGGCUCAAGUUAAGAAGCUGCAGUCAGACAUCAGCCCGCUGCACCAGUCUCUGUCUCUGCUGUCGGAGAAGAAUGGCUCCAUGCAGGCUGACAAGAGGAUCCUGGAGGAAGACCUCAAACGCUGGAAGGCCAAAACCCAGCAACUGAUGAGCCAGCAGAAAGACGGCGAUGUGGAGGAGAAACAGAAACUGUCCACUGAGAGAGACGCUCAGCAGAGACGCAUCACACAGCUCGCUGAGGAGACGGCCAAGCUGAAGACUGAACUUGCAAGAUCCAGCGCCAGCGGUAACUCGGCUCAGUCUCAGCUGCAGGCCUUCAGAGACUCGGUGGCCCGUCUGACGUCAGAGAGAGACACUCUGAAGAAAGACCUGGAAAUAAAGAACACUGACAUCCUGGAGAAGACCCGGACCAUCAAUCAGGUCAAGAAGAUCGGACGGCGCUACAAGACGCAGUACGAGGAGCUGAAAGCCCAGCAUGACAAGAUGGUUGGGGAAAAUGCUGCUAAAGCAGGAAGUGAGGCGGGUCCGAGCCAGGAAGUGGAGCAGACUAAAGCUUUUGAGGAGCUCAACAAGGCCAGAGAGGAGCUGAGCACACUGAAGGAGGAGGCACAGAAAAAAGUGGUGGAGGCCCAGAAGGGCCAGCAGGAGCUGGAGGAAGCCAAGAAGGAGAACCAGCAGACCAAGGAUAAGCUCCAGGAGGUCCAAAACCAGCUGACCCAGAAACAGAACCAGCUUACACAGGUCCAGUCCCAGUUGUCCCAGAUCCAGACUCAACAGCAGCAGAAUCAGAACCAGCUGACCCAGAGUCAGAAAGAGCUUCAGCAAGCCAAGACCCACAGCCAGCAGGUCCAGAACCAGUUGAAAGCAGCUCAGUCUCAGGCUCAAGCCCGGCAGAACCAGAUUCAGCAGAUCCAGAGGGAGCUCCAGCAGGCUAAAGAAGCCCUUCAGCAGAACCUGGCCAGUCAGAAAGAGCUACAGCACACAAAUCAAAGCAGCCAACAGAGCCACAACCUGGAAAUCAGCAACCUCAAGACUGUUCUCAGCCAAUCAGAGAGCAAGGUGACUGAGCUUCAGGCCCACCUGGACAGCCUGCAGAAGAUGGUUGGAGAGCGUGAAGCUGACAUCAAGCGUCUGCAGGAGCAGCUGACUGAAUCUAACAAGGCUAACGAAGCUAACCGAGCAACGCAGGCCAUCCAGAACCAGAGCUCCCCGUCCAGCCAGGCCAGUGAUGCUAAUGUUGCUAGUGACGCUAACCAGGCCCAACAAGAGGAGCUGGCCAGACUGAGACAAGAGAUGUCUGAGAGCAAGGCCAGAGAAGAGCAGCUCAAAAAGCAGAUUGCUGAAAAAGAGGAAAAGACCAAGAAGGUCUUCAUGGGAGCCAAGACCAAAAUCAACCAACUCAACAGUGCUAAGGAGCAGCUCAGUAAGGAGAUAGAGGAGAUGAAACAGAGUAAGGAGGAGCUGGAGGUGAGAAUGAACGCCCUCAAGUCUCAGUAUGAAGGACGACUUCAGCGGCUGGACAAAGAGCUGAGAGAACUGAGAGAGACGCAGGUCCAGUCUGACCCCCGAGAGGAGCCCCAGGACCAGAGUGGAGUGAAGGCGGGUGAUCAGGCCAGACCUGCAGAACAGAGACAGAUCUCUCUGAAGACUCCUGCUCAAGACCGGGGAAGCUCCAGCCUGUCCGACCCCCCCACUGCCAACAUCCGCCCCACCACAAGUACUCCAUCUCCUAGCAGCAAGCCAAGCCCCUCCCAAGGUAGCAAGGCACCUCCUCGAGCCAGCAUCCGGCCAAUGGUUACCCCGGCAAGUGUGCCCAUCCCAACACCUACCGCCACUGUCAUGCCAACCACACAGACUGACAGUCAAGAGGGGCUGAUGGGUGCAGGAGCCGCUGUACACUCUACCAGCUCCAGUCUGGUGAACACACCCACAUCAAUGACUCAGCCAACCAGCACCCAGGCCACAGCUUUUGUCCAGCCCACCCAGCAGCAGGCAGCCAAUCAGGACGCAGGCCCAAGUAUGGGUGCAGAGCGACCGUCUACGUCGUCCUCCCUGAGUGGAACAGGUGAGCAGGACGUAGUGCGGAUCCCAUCAGCAGGUUCAAAGCGAGGCAGAGAGGAUGAGGACGGGGAAGACGAGAACCGACCAGAGAGUUCAAACACACCUCCGACCUCGAAAAAAUUACGACUAAAACCAACGAUAGCACUACAGAUGGAAGGUGAUGACGAGAUUGAAGAAGAGCUACAGGACGAGGAGGUGCGACAGGAUUCACCUGAUGACAGUCAGGAGCUUCCGGAUGAUUGCUACCCCGUGUUAGCUGAAGAUGACGAGGACGUGGAGAGAGUGUCCCAGUCUGUCCCCUCUGACAUGAUGUCCAGUCAGGGCUCUGCUAUCGUCAUGGACGUCAUCGUGAUAGACACGGACAGCGAGAGCCGCGAGAGCAGAGAGGGGGAGGAGAAGCCGGAUGACGAGGAGGAAGAGGAAGAUGACGAGGAGGAAGAGGAGGAAGAAGAUGACGGGUAUAAGGACGAAGAGGAUGAUGAUGAGGCUGGUGACAGCAGCAUGAGAGGAGGAGAGGAGAGCAGUGAGAGCAGGGAGGUAGAGGAGGAGGAAGGAGAGGAGGAGCCGUCAGAAGGCCCUGAGGACAGAGGGUGUGGAGCGUCUUCAGACUCGCAGCAACCGUCCCACAGCAAUGAAGGCAGCAGCAGCGCCACGUCAGAGUCCGAGCCCCUCCGAGAGCCUGUUCACUUCCCCCCAACUUCCUCUACUUCUUCCUCCUCCCUCACCCCCCGCCUGCCACACCCUCGGAGGCCCCCUCACCCCCUCCCACCAAGACUCUAUAUCCAACCCCCAGUUCAAGAGCUGGGACCUCCACACACACAGAGACAGUCCUCUCAGCUGCGCAGACCCUCAGUAGGACGUGGACCUCAGCUCACCCCGGGAAUAGGAAGCAUGCAACAUUUCUUUGAUGAUGACGACAGGAUGGUUCCCAGUACUCCCACCCUGGUGGUCCCACACCGCACCGAUGGCUUUGCUGAGGCCAUACACUCUCCUCAGGUGGCAGGUCUGUCCACCAGGUUCAGGUUUGGACCUCCAGAAGAUCUGCUGCCUCAGACCUCAGCCUCUCACUCUGACCUGGGACAGCUGGCCUCCCAAGGAGGUCUGGGGAUGUAUGAGUCUCCUCUGUUCCUGGCUGCUCACGAUGAAGACGGAGGAGGGAGGAGCGUCCCCACCACACCUCUGCAGGUGGCUGCACCAGUGACUGUCUUCACGGAGUCUCUGCCCUCAGACAGUGGUGACAACAUGGCAUCCCAGUCAGUUCCCAUGGUAACCACCUCCACUGGCAUGGCGUCUGCUGCAGAUGAUGGGGAUGAGGUCUUCAUGGAGCAGGAGGGAGAGGGAGCUGGAAUUGAAUCUUCUCUGGACAGCCAGACAGACCUGGAAUCAGCAGGUCAGCACACUGACAGUGCUUCAAUGCCCUCUACCAGUCAAGAGCCUGACACCAGCAGUGGAGCUCAGCGGCGCACAGUGGGCUGUGUGAUGAGCAGAGGAACCAGGGGGGGGAGGAUGGAGGCCCGCACGCUACUCAGCCGCAGAGGCACUUUCUCUCGAGGAGGAAGGGGAGGGGCCAUGGGCAGAGGGGGCUUGGCCUGAUGAAGAUGAUUUCACCAGAGAUCAUCUGAUCCAAUAUUAAACAGAAAAACCUACACUUAUUCCACAGAUUGCUUUUGUUGACAUCUAGUGUGUUCUGUCCGCUGCAGAUCAGUGAUCUCUGGAGCAGGAUAGCUGUGUCUGAGAAAUGUACCAUCAAUCUCUGAUUCUAAUUCAGUUGUGCGUAGUCUUGAUUAUUUUUGUAAGUUCUUCAUUUUGCUCUGUUUUUAGGCUGUUAAUACACUUUUAAUAUUAAAGCUGAAUAAUGAUAAGCAGU